AUGGCCUCUCUGUGGAAGGGGUCCAUCUCCCUGCCUGAUGGUCUUCCUCAGCCUUCUCUUGAAAGCAUCGAAUUCCUUUCGAGCACCCCAGAUGCUGGGAACGCUUAUAAUCCCAAACCUGAAACUGAUGGCACUAUAUUCAAUGGUGCCGAAUUACGAGUCCAAGCUGUUGUUGAAGCUUCUAGGGUGCCGUUAUGGCUGUCUUGUGGACCAAGUUUCGAUGUUCAAACUGAGAACGAGGGGACGGCAAACUUCUUGAUGAACAUAUUCGUUCAACAAACUAGUCAGAAACGUUCAUCCGAGUCUGAAGAUAGGGAAGAAGGGGAAGCAGAAGGGCAAGGGGAUGAUGGAGAACACGGAGAAGACGACAAUGAUGCGUCGGAAGCUACCGAAUAUGAAUCAACAAAUAAGGCGCUCGUCGUCAGAGUUACCUACGAAACCGCACCUGAGGAAAUCGAAAAGCCUAUAAUCACUGAACUUGUACUCUAUGGCACAUUAUCUUCCGAUGUGCUACCCUCCGAAACCACCCAAUCUAGCAAUUCCGAUUCGCAGAUAGCACCCGUCCCACCUACAGGACCUCCGUCACUAUCUGUAUACGCUCUUCCACUCUCCUCUCGCCUUCUUAAGGAGAAAAAACUCCAAACUUCCGUCAAGUCCGAAUCGCUUGAACCCGGAAAAGCAAGGUUUCUAGCUCCAAUCAUUGGUCGCAAACGCAAAUUCCACGCCGUAUUUACGGAAUACGACAAGAAACAAGCGUAUUAUGCCACCCUACCGCCUGGCCUUCGUCGCUGCUGGCAUAAGAGAAGUGAUAGUAUUGCAUCUCUUCAAGAGGACAGCAACGAGAACAAUGCCAGUAUAGGAAAUGGGGAUUCGCAGAAGAGUAGAUUAUUUUCGCGAUCGGUUGGCCCAGCUGCUUCAAGUCAACCCGUCACUUCAGUCGACUUUAGGAAAACUAUCAAUGAGGACACAAGGUAUAAAAGAGAGAGGAGCACGUCGGUGUUUCAGGCACGACUACGAGAAGCUGCUGAGCGACCAGAUCCGUCACGUCGAGAGUCCUCUGUUAAACCCGUACGCUCCAGCGGGGAUUACUCUGCUUUACGAAGGGCCGAAACAUUUGCUGGAUCACGAACACGAAACCAGACUCCCGAAACCAGACCAGGAUCAGGAGCUAGUAUUAAUAAUAACAACAGUGCAAAUCUUGGGGGCAGUACGGCUGCUGUACCUACUACGAACAAAUUUGCUGAACGGAACAAAGUAGCUGCACAGAAACUUAUAUUGGCAUCCAUGCGACUUUACGGAUUUACGCGUGCAAGAGCUGGUGAAGUGAAAAUGGAAAGCGAAGAAGAGGAAUAUAAACUAGUAUUCCACACCACAUUGCGGUCACUGACAUGUGCUAUGAGGAAAUCAUGGAAUUCGGAAAUAAUUGGGAUUUCCAGAUUGAAAGAAACAACCGAGUACCUUAUGAAGGCAUUCGUUGGCGGGUCCGGGGUAGUGCAUGGGAGCAGUGAUAGAGAGGAAGACGACUUCAAAGACAAGGAGGAAGAAAACCCGUUCAGAAAGUCCAGGGUCGGGAGGAUGAGCGUCAUUCUCAGCGGAGCGAUUAGCCGCGAUGAUACGCUCGUUGGAGAGGACAGCAUACUGGGUGGCAGCUUUCUUGGGGAGAGCCUGUUGGGGGAUGGUCUAGUCUCCGAUGAUUGA